UUCCGGCCGGAAUUGACCGGAAUGGCCGGAAUUUGACCGGAACGGCCGGAAUUUGACCCGGAACGGAACAGGUCCCUAUCCCAUUCCGGUCACUGUUCCGGCACGAAAAAUUCCGGCCAUUCCGGCCGGAACGGAACGAAUUUUAAAACCUUGGCUGAGGGGGCUAGCUUAGGAGUUUGGUUGGUGGUGUAGGUAGGGAAAUGGUUUCUCGGUUUGUAGGGUGAAUUUCUCCUUAUUACUUCCUCCUCUUGUAGCUUAGCUAAACCAAAGGCAGCAUGUAAAGUGUUUGGUUUAAACAUGGUUACCAUUAUCCUGAGAUCUUCCCUCAAACCACUCAAAAAGGUACUUAUCCUAAACUCUUCUGUUAAUCCUUUAAUUUUGUUGGAUAAUUCCUCAAAUUGGGCUUGAUAUUCUUCUACUGUACCAGAUUGCUUUAGUUUAGUAAAUUGCCCCACGGGAUCCUCAUAAGCAGAGGGUCCAAAUCUGAUUUCUAAAGCACUAGUAAACUCAUCCCAAGUGUUUAUUGGACUAGAUUCCUUAAGCCAUGUAAACCAAGAUAAGGCCUUUCCUUCCAUAUGGAAGAAGGCUAUUUGAAUCUUUUGGUUAUCUGGGAUGUCAUAGUAAGAGAAGAAUUGAUUUGCUUUUAAAACCCAUUGAACAGAAUCAGUUCCAUCAAAUCUAGGAAAUUCAAGCCCAAGAGAUUUAGCUUGUAUCCCUCCAUUAUUCUCAAAUAAAGGAUUAGCACUGACCUUUGUAUUGAAGGAACCUUCUCCCAAAUUUGAUUUCCCUGUCUUUAUCACCAUUUGCUCAUAAGUUGAAGCCAAAUUGUUGAGCUGUUGUAGAACUGCUUCUAACAUACCCUUCUGUCUUUGUUGCUCUUCCCGCAGGAUCUCGUUCUCUCCUUUCAAAGCUGCCAGCAUUUCAUUCAUGUGGGCUUGUCUGGUUCCCUCAGCCAUGUCGCAGGAACGCGGCUCUGAGACCAAUUGUUACGUGCCAAUUAUAUGUUGUAAUAAAAGAAAAAUAAAUCUGGCCAAUAUGAGGUGCCAGUAACCUCCCUCACACAAUAUUUGAGUAAACACUCGAUAAAACUUCAUUGAUGACUGUAAAAGAACUUAAAUAGAAGACUGAAUAUUCUAGAAUAACUACCCAUAAACAACGUGGCCCUACAUAGCCUGUAACUUCCUAACAAAUAAUCAUAACCCACUUUGACCAAGUCUCACGUACUGGACUAAUAAAUAAACGUGGCUUAUAAGCCUACAACCCACCUCCUGACUUAACAAUUAAAUGAAGGACUCCAAAGACAAAAUAAUUACAACUCAUGCCACCAUAUAAAUUCCUCCUAAACAUCCCUAAUUCGUAACCCUACCCUUCAAACAUCAGCUCUUGGUUCUACGCUGCGCACCUAACAUCUUGUGCUUUCGUUUCUCAAACCAUCAACAAUAAAUCCUUUAAAAUUCUUUCAAUGGAGAAGGUUUCUUCUUGUGUGUGAUAAAAGUAAUAUUAAUUUUCAUAUUUAACUUAUUAUCUUCAAUCAUAUCAUAUCAUCGACGUGUCGAUGAGAGAUAGAGAGCCACCUAUUCGACAGUUGGCGCGUGAGACAGUUAUACCCCUCAAAGCUAUCAACCUCAACUGUCACUCCCGCCAAAACCCCCCUGCAAAAUAAAAAAGAAAAGCCUCUCUCUCUCUCUCUCUCUCUCUCUUGCCUAUUUCCUGGAAACUAUUGGUUGAGAGCGGGGUUGAUUCGACUGGGAGCGGGAAUGGUUGAUAGUAUUCCGAUCAUUCACGAGGACGAUCUUGCCCCUAGUGUUUCGGUGGAGAGGCAUCGGCGCUCUCUCGCUUUGUGCAUCUCUUCCUUGUUGAUCGUCGAUGGGCUUUGUCGCAAGGGUUCUCUCUAUAGGAAGCUUCCCAUGGAGCCCCUCAAGCUCUCUGUGCUCAAAUUGGACGGCUCUUGCUUCGAUAUUGAAGUUGAAAAGACAGCCACUGUUGCUGAACUCAAGCAGGCUGUGGAGGCAGUCUUCGAUCACAUGCCACAGAAGGGACCGUGGAAAAUUUCAUGGUCGCAUCUCUGGGGACAUUUCUGCUUGUGCUAUAAUGGUCAAAAGCUAGUCACAGAAACUGACUCUAUCAGAAAUUACGGCAUCAAGGAUGGUGAUAAGCUUAAGUUUGUUCGGCAUAUUGCAAUCAGCUACAACCUGAGGAAGAGGCGAGCAAAGAAACGGGUUGUUGGCUCUAAGAAAAAGUUGUCAACAAUGCAAGCAAAUAGCUGUGAAGAGGGGGAAACGAAUGAUGAGAAAGAUAGUGAUUGCGGUGAUAUCGAGAAGGGUGAGGUCCUGCAUUACAAUAAAAAGGAUCGGCGUUUGAUUCAAUACCGCAAGUCCAGGAUGGCUGGCCUACUGGGAGGGUGGUACUUGAACGCCAGGCUUUCAACUAUUAGGAGGAGGAAGAUUGUGGGCUUGGCUUGUCCUGCAGGAAUUGCCACUGGUUUGGUGGGUGGUUUUAGAAAGAUCAUAUGGUUUUGCAGGAGAAAACCCUAUUCUGGGAGGAUACAUGGGGAAAGGAUUGAUGCUUCUGCUUGAAUUGGUUAGGUAGGAUCCUUUUCUUCAAAUUCCUUUUCACUAUACUGUUCAAUUCUCAACACGUUCAAAAUUGUGUUCUAGUAAAAAUAUUGAGCCGAUGUAUGUUAGUUAAUUUUU